AUGGUGGAUCUUGGGGAUUUGUAUCAUGAAGGAGGAGACGGCGUCAAGCUAAACAAGAAGAAGGCGAUGCAACUGUAUCGCAUGGCCGCGGACCGAGGCCACGCAAGAGGUCAGUGCAUGCUUGGCGAGAGCCUCAUCGAUGAUGACACUUCUGCACUCAGUACGGAGUUUCGCGAAGCGCAUCGACUCUUUACACUCAGCGCGUCGCAAGGCUUCGCUGAUGCGGAGUACCAGCUUGGCUUCAUGUAUGAGGAGGGAUGGGGCGUGAACCGCGAUCUCGAUGAAGCGAAGCGCCGGUAUGCAAUCGCGGCAGCGCAG